AUGGGGAAGAUUAUCUUCUAUGAAGAUCGUAAUUUCCAGGGACGCUCCUAUGAGUGCACCUCUGACUGCUCUGACUUGAAGUCAUAUUUCAAUCGCUGCAAUUCCAUCCGAGUAGAAAAUGGAAACUGGAUUCUUUAUGAACACCCAAAUUAUAGUGGAUACCAGUAUUUCCUAAGAAGUGGGGAGUAUCCUGAUUUCCAGCAGUGGAUGGGUUUCAAUGACUCAAUAAGAUCUUGUCGAUUAACUCCACAACACCGUGGUCCAUUCAGAAUUAGGAUCUAUGAGAGGGAAGAUUUCAAAGGUCAGAUGAUGGAGUUCACUGAAGAUUGUCCUCAUGUCUAUGAGCAAUUCCGUUACCAUGACAUCCACUCCUGCAAUGUUUUUGAUGGUCACUGGAUGUUUUUCGAGGAACCCAACUACAAGGGGCGCCAAUACUACCUGAGACCUGGGGAGUACAGGAGAUACAGUGACUGGGGAGCCACAAACUCCAGAAUUGGCUCCUUCAAACGUAUUCAACAUUUCUAUUAAACUAUAUGGAAUACCACAUUUACAGUUAAUUUAACAUUUAAUAAAACUGGCUAACAAAUUAG